UUACACAUGUUUCUGUUUCUGUUUUGGUAUUUUAAUUUUAAUAAUUAUUAAUUUUGGUACCCUGAAAUACCUUGGGAUAUUAAAAACUAAUAAGCAAUUAAAUAAUAACUGUAAUAAAACUGCCUAUAUAAUAUAGUAGUUUAUAUAAAAAUAGCGUUUUUGUGGUUGUAAUAUUUUAAUAAUAUUCUUUGGUUAUAAAAUACUCAUUGGAUUAUUUGAUUUAAUAAAAAUGGAAGAGCUGAACGAUUCGAAAGAGGAAAAGAACAUUGACAACAAUUAUCUCAAUUUCCACUAUACACUGUAUGACGUAAAAAUCGACCCCGGCUUGAAGGACGACGAUGGCAACGAGUUGCCGCGACCUUUUACAAAGAGCCAGAUGCGAAAAUGGCUGAAGAAAGUGCGUUGGACAAAUAGCAAAGCGGAGAAACGAGCAAGAGAGAAGGAGCGAGCAAAAGAAAGAAAAAGAGAGGCACGUCUAGCCAACAUAGACCUAGGCCCUAACAGAAAGGCAUUAAAAAAAAUGAAAUUAGAAAGGGCCAAACGAAAUUCUGGAAUCAUAAUCGAUCUUAGUUUUGAGAAUUUGAUGAUAGAAAAAGACAGGUAUAAAGUGAUAAAGCAAAUUUUAAGAUGUUAUUCAGUUAAUAGGCGAUCAGAUUCACCACUACAGUUUUAUUUAACUAGUUUCGGGGAGAAAACUAAAGUUGAUAUGUCUAGACAUAAUGGUUAUGAAAAUUGGGAUAUAGUAUUUCACGAAACACCUUACUUAGACGUGUUUCCUAAAGAAAAACUGUUUUAUUUAUCAAGUGAAUCUGAAAAUGUUAUAGAAUCUUUUGAAGAGGACACAUUCUAUAUUAUUGGAGGAUUAGUAGAUCAUAAUCAGCAUAAGGGUCUCUGUCACAAGAUAGCAGUGGAACAAGGUAUCAGACAUGGCCGAUUACCAUUGGACAAAUAUGUUAAUAUGAAAACUAGAAAAGUUUUAACUAUUGAUCAUGUAUUCGAGAUAGUUCUCAGGGUGAGCGAAGGGAUGUCUUGGCAAGAUGCACUUAUAAAAGUGUUACCAUUACGAAAAGGAGCACACAUUUGUCACUCUGCAAGUAACAACUCUUCAAAUGUUAAUAGUUCAAGUGAUAGUGAUACUGAUAAUCAUUAAUUUACUUAUUGGUAAAGUAUCUAAGUAUGUUGUAUUUAUUGUUUUAUAAUUUAUCUAUUUCUAUAAAUAGAUUUGAGAAAUAUUAUGACAAAAGAAAUAAAAUAGUUUAAAAAUUUA